CAUAUCAUCUUGUAUUGUUUUGUAACAGGUCUUAUUGUUGCGUCAUAUUAAUAUUCCUUGUGUUUACGAUAUAACUUAUAUAUACUUAAAAAAAAGUCUAAAACACCAGAAUAUUAUGUCUGCUGUGGUCAAUACAACACCCGUCAUCAUGACAACACCUGCUGUACGCCCAGGGAACAAACUGUACGCAAAAGAAUUUAAAAUUCUCGGGGUUAUCCAGAUUAUGCUCGGAACACUUUCCAUUAUAACAUGGACGUACGCUCUCACGCUUGAACUUACAACUUCUAGUCGGGAUGUUUUUGUUUACAUUUCAUCGGGCAUUUGGUGCGGAAUAUUUUUCUUGAUCGCUGGAAUCCUUGCGACUGUUUCUUCAUUUAACCCGAACCGAUGCAAAGUUGUUGCAGGAAUGGUGAUGGCGAUAUUCGCCGCCAUAUUUGCUGCUACAAUGUUUGGUAUAGAAGUGGCAGGUUCCAUAAUUAUCAGCAGCCGUUCAUACUAUAUAUAUACACCAUACUCAAGCUAUAGCUGCACCCCUUACUACCAAGCAUCUUACUACAAGAGCGGCACAUAUAUACCAUACUGUAGCAGCCCAUACAGAUCUUCAAGAUAUAUUUCAUCAGUGUAUAUUCCAAGCAAAUAUAUAUCUUGCCCGUCUAGUUACAGCUACAUAUACAACUACUAUUCCCAAAGUCAAUCUAUAUUUGGUGUUAGAACUUCAUUGGCAACCCUCCAUGGCUUCAUGGCUUUCUUCGCCAUCGCUGAGCUUGUGGUAGCAAUCGUGCACUCAGUUUACUGCUGUAAAUUCAGCCAAACAUCAAACAUGGCUCCCCAACCAGUGGUCCAAUACACAACAACAUACCCACAAACCAACUUUACAGGAGUUGCUCAACAGAUGCCGGUAACAAGCAUUGGACAACCUAUAGGGGGAGCUUACCAAAACACCGUGUACCCUGUAACAUCGGUGCCUUACCAAGCUUCAAUAUAUGCGAACCAAGUUGCACCAGUUUCCAGCCCUCCCAUGUCACCAGUAGCUACUGGCAUGUCUACAGCAUCAGGUUCUCAAGGUAUUCAACCCCCACCUAAUUAUUCAGAGGCAGACAAAACAGGAAAAACAGGAGACAAUGAAUUCUUAGUGAAUUAAUGACUUUGGAAAUCGUUGAUACAAUCUACAUCCAACUACUUUGUAAAACCUGUGGGCUUCUGCUAUCUAUCACAUGUUCAUUAGUUGUAUAUAUUUUAGUUGUAGUGUGUUUUAGAUACUCUACUUGACUUGUUAAUUCCUUUUUUUUUCGUUAAAAAUCAAUGUGACAACUAAAUUGCUUUGAAGUUAUGGAAUAUAUAUUGACUGUUGUUAUUACCGACAUUUUAAACUAUGUUAGUGUUGUACACAGAGUAAAUGUUCCUAUUUUAUAAUGAUAUAUAUAUAUAUACAACAUUUAGCUUUUAAUAUAAAGUAAUAAAUAAAGUUCUUCAUUUUAAAUGAGAUUUAAAUCAUUAAAGCACAAAGUGCAGCAUUGGUGUAAACUUAACUCAUCAUAAAACAUCUAUGCUACAUUUUUUAACAUAAACAUCUUCUAUCCUGUACUAAUUUCUAAUCCAUUGUAAUUUUUUUACAAAAAACACUUAAUUUUUAGUUUAAAAUUCUUCAACAUUUAAUUUUAUAAUGAAUUAUGUUUUAUAGGCACUUCCUAUCUUUUUGCUUACUUAGAUAUAGUAGAAAUAUAUAACAUUUAAUAUUGCUUAACAG